AUGACAGGAUCCCUAUUUUCAAGAUUAAUCCUCCGCCGAUCUUCCCAGCAUAACCGAUUCAUCUGGCAACGAGGCAUUUCGCAGUCGGCAGCGGAGAGGACGAAAGAUUCCCUUCCCGCGGAACCACCUGUAUUGCCGGCGUUUGAUCACGUACCAUCUCCGUACUCCGGUCCUUCCGGUGAUGAUAUCAUUGCGAAACGUAGGGAGUAUCUUAGCCCUUCAAUCUUCCAUUCCUACAAAUCUCCGUUGAACGUGGUGGAAGGGAAGAGACAGUACCUUUUUGAUGAAAACGGGAGGAGGUACCUUGAUGCGUUCGGAGGGAUUGCUACGGUGUGCUGCGGGCACUGCCACCCUGAUGUAGUCGCAGCAAUCGUUGAACAAACCAAAAAGUUACAGCACUCAACGAUUUUGUAUCUGAAUCAUGCCAUUACUGAUUUUGCUGAAGCUUUGGCUUCUAAACUUCCCGGUAAUCUUAAGGUGGCAUUUUUUACCAACUCUGGAACAGAAGCAAACGAAUUGGCAAUGCUGAUAGCAAGGUUGUACACUGGAUGCAAUGACAUAAUUUCAAUUAGAAAUUCUUACCAUGGAAAUGCUAGUGCGACAAUGGGGGCCACAGCUCAAAGUAUCUGGAAAUUUAAAGUCGUACAGACUGGUGUUCAUCAUGCUGUUAAUCCAGAUCCUUACAGAGGUAUUUUUGGCUCUGAUGGAGAGAAGUAUGCAAGAGAUGUCCAAGAUAUCAUUAACUUUGGAACUUUCGGAAAUGUUGCUGCAUUCAUGUCUGAAUCUAUACAGGGAGUGGGGGGCAUUGUUGAAUUGGCACCUGGUUACUUGUCUGCUGCCUAUGAUAGUGUUAAAAAAGCUGGAGGUCUUUGUAUUGCUGACGAGGUUCAAGCUGGAUUUGGUCGCACUGGUAGCCAUUUCUGGGGAUUUGAAGCCCAUGGUGUUCAACCUGAUAUAGUAACAAUGGCAAAGGGUAUUGGAAAUGGCAUUCCUCUCGGUGCUGUUGUAACUACUCCUGAGAUCGCAAAGGCCUUGACCCACAGAAAUUACUUUAACACCUUUGGUGGAAACCCUGUUUGUACAGCUGCAGGAUUGGCUGUUUUAAAUGUAAUAGAGAAGGAAAAGCUUCAAGAAAAUGCAUUUGUAGUGGGAUCCCAUUUGAAAGAGAGGCUUAAUGCCCUCAAGGACAAAUAUGAAAUAAUUGGUGAUGUGAGAGGAAAAGGAUUCAUGCUUGGAGUUGAACUUGUCACUGACCGUGAACUGAAAACACCAGCAAAAAAAGAAACCCUGCAUGUGAUGGAACAAUUGAAAGAUUUAGGAGUGCUGGUUGGAAAAGGUGGCUAUUAUGGAAAUGUAUUCAGAAUUACACCUCCCUUAUGUUUCAGCAAAGAAGAUGCAGAUUUCCUUGUGGAUGCCAUGGACUACAGCUUAUCUAGAAUUUGA